CAUACAAAUUAAAAAUUAAAAGAAACCCUUUUAAUUUGAUAUUUGAAACCCUUCGUCUCGCCGCCGCCGCUCGUUGCCGCUGUUGAUGUUAUAAACUGAAAAAUCGGAUACAAAGUCAAGAAAGAGCAAAGCUGCAAGCAGCCGUUGUUCUCUCCACUGCUCCUGCGCGGAAUUGCGGAGACUCGUGAGAAAGACCCAAUUUUUAUCUCCUGCCUACUCUGUGUGUGUGUGUGAGAGAGAGAGAGAGAGAGAGAGAGAGAGAGGGAAAGGGAGAUGGAGAGGUCAAAGAAGAAGGUGCUGCUUUUCUACUGUGUGGAAGCUGAGGAUUUGGCGCGCAAAGUUGCUGCUCAAUCAAACCUCAUCCAACUUCAAUCCAUUAACUGGAGGAGCUUUGACGAUGGAUUUCCAAAUCUAUUCAUAAAAAAUGCACAUGAUAUACGAGGCCAGCAUGUUGCCUUUCUAGGAUCUUUCAGCUCUCCUUCAGUCAUAUUUGAACAGCUUUCGGUCAUUUAUGCACUUCCGAUGUUGUUCUGUGCCUCAUUCUCAGUUGUAUUGCCUUUCUUUCCCACCGGUUCCUUUGAGCGAAUCGAAGAGGAAGGUGACGUUGCAACUGCAUUUACCUUGGCCAGAAUGCUAUCUAAUACCCCCAUCUCGAGGGGUGGUCCAACUAGUCUGGUUAUCUAUGAUAUACAUGCUUUGCAGGAGAGGUUUUAUUUUGGUGAUAGUAUUCUACCUGUUUUUGAGAGUGGAAUCCCACUAUUAAAGGAACGGCUUCAGAAACUUCCAGAAUCGGACAAGAUAGUUGUUGCGUUUCCAGAUGAUGGAGCAUGGAAACGAUUCCACAAGUUGCUCGAUCAUUUUCCUAUGGUCAUCUGCAACAAAGUUCGUGAAGGCGACAAAAGAAUAGUGAGGAUAAAAGAGGGUAAUCCUGCUAAUUGCCAUGUCGUCAUUGUUGAUGACUUAGUGCAAUCGGGUGGCACGUUGAUCGAAUGUCAGAAAGUUUUGGCAGAAAAAGGUGCAGCAAAGGUGAGUGCAUAUGUCACUCACGGUGUGUUCCCAAAGAAGUCGUGGGAGCGAUUUGUUCACAAGAAUGACAACGGUAGGGUUGCUUCGACACUUGUUGAUUGCUCAAUCUUUCGGGUUUUCUUUCACCUGUUCCUCGUUGUGAUUGUUGUUGUCGGUGCGUCUGAAGUUUCAGUGAAGGCGUUCGCCCACUUCUGGAUCAGCGAUUCGUGCCCCCUCACCGUUGAAGCUAUCACCGGGAAAGCCCCUUUUGAAGUGUUGAGUCUUGCGAAAUCCAUAUCCGACGCCCUCCAAAUCUAAGGCGGCCGCGGCCACGGCCACGGAGGAGGAGGAGGAGGAGGAAUCCAUUACUUAACUUGGCACUGUGUUGCACUCUAAAGAAUUCAUGUCUGAAUGUGGAAUUUGGUGUCUCCUAACCCACAAUAAGUUCUCACUUUCCUAUUAAUUUAACCGAAUGAAAACAGGCAAUCUUGUAUUUUGUGGAAGAUUUAUUUGAGUAUUCUUUUCAA